AAACUCAGAGACAGGAGGAGAUCAGAGGAGACUGGAGAGGCUGGAGAUACACAGAGUGGGAUAGACACUUAUCACAGCUGUGUUACAUCGCGUCCGCAUCCUCCACCACCAAUCAUCAUCAUCAUGGAUACCCUUCGCUACAAGAUCUUCAUCAUCCUCAUCAUCGGGGUCAUACUCAACAUCUGCCAGGUGUCCGCCGCUAGCAGGAACCCCUCUGAUUGUUGUUUGGCCACAAAUGAUAAGAAGAUUCCCUACAAACUCAUCAGGGCCUACAGGCACCAGGGCGAGGGGUCCGGCUGCUACAUUCCCGCUAUUGUAUUCACAACAGUCAGGAACAGACACCUCUGCGCCCCCACAGAUUCCGACUGGGUAAAGAAGUACAUGCGCUGCCUAGAAAAAAACGCAAAAAAAUGUUGAAGCGGCAGAAGCGGAUCCGGCGGAGGAUCUCAUGGCUGUGCCCGGGGGGUGGUGCCACCCUACUGCUUCUAGUGACACCAAUAACUUCCGAUCUGUCCUUCUCUCCUAUGGCAGGGUGUGAUUUCUGAUAUGUAUCUGUCUCUGUAGGUCGUUACAUUGUCGGGAGUUUUUCUUCUCAUUAAAUGUUGCAAUUUGU